GCCUCCCUCUGCCCCUGAUGGCCCUUCAAAUGCCUCUUCCACUCCUCCUCAGAUCCCUCAGACUCAGCUGUUGGGAGCACAGGCUGGCACAGAAUCACAACACAUAGAGUCAAGCUGACUGUUGCUGCAUCCCCAGGGUCAAAUGAUUUACAUUCGGAUGCUUGGCCACUAACUCCUAUUUGUGACCAUCGCAGUGUCCUAGGGUCACGUGAUCCCCUUUUGCAGCCUUCUGACGAGCCAAGUCCAUGAGGAAGUCAGAUUCAGUGAACAGUCGUGUUGUUCCUAACUUAACAACUGCAGUGAUUCACUUAACCCCUGUGGCACGAAAGGUCGUAUGGCUCAGUUGUGGUCGUAAGUCAAGGACCACCUCUAUAGGUCUACUGAUCAAAAUGAGUUUGCUGGAGCAUUUAUCAGGAAAGUAUUUUGAAAAUUAUUGGAUUAUUUAAUAAUAAUAAUAAUAAUAAUAAUACAGUUGGAAGGGACCUUGGAGGUCAUCUAGUCCAACCUCCUGCUCAGGCAGGAAACCCUAUACCAUUUCGGACAAAUGGCUGUCCAGUCUCUUCUUAAAAACUUCCAGUGUUGGAGCAUUCACCGCUUCUGGAGGCAGGUUGUUCCACUGAUUAAUUUCAUUAAUUAUGGGAAUAAUUAAUCAUAUUGCUCUGUUGUUGUUGCUUUAAUGAAAACUAGUCCUAUGUUUGUAUCAAAUAUUCAUUUUUACUUAAGGGGAAAAUGAUUAAUGCCCUUCAGUAAUUUUUUAGGGGGAAAUGGUUACAGAAAUAAUCUUAAAUUGUUCCCAGAAAACAUUCACGCCUGAUACAUUUUUCUUCUCUUUUCUUUCUUUUUUGCUGCAGAAUCUCAGAAGACCAACCAAGCGCAGGAAGAAUGGGCUGCAUUUUAAGUGGAAGAGAGAUUUCAAGGAGCUGGAAUACAGGUUCAACCGUUUUUCGAGAAAGAGGAUUGAACUAAAAGAGGUUUUAUGUACGUUUAAAGAAUUGCUGAAGUUGGAAAUGGAGGAAGAGGCAGACACAUACGUUUUACCUGGAGUCCAAGAAAAAUCCACAGGGUACUUUCGCUUUCUCCAAUCCUGCAGAAGGACUGGAGGGGGGCUGGCUUUGACCCAGCAGGCUCAGCCCGUUUCCUUUGAGGAGGUCGCUGUCUGCUUCUCCGAAGGAGAAUGGUCCCUCUUGGAUCCCAGUCAGAGAGUCUUGUACAAGGAGGUGAUGCAGGAGAAUUAUGAACAUGUGACCUCUCUCGUUGUCUCGCUCACCGGUUUGGGUCCAAACUUCUCGAUGGAGGAAGAAGACGAAGCUGUUUUGGGUCUACGCUCUCCACCUUCUGAGAAAGGGACCAAUCAGGAUGUCAGCACUGCAGUAUCCCAGGAGCAAGAUAAGAACAAGGAGAAGGAAAAGACACAGAAAGAGAAGGAGAAG